AUGGUGGUCACUGAACCCCCUUCCACACAAGGCUCUGAGGCUAUUGCGGUCUCUAGCAAUAACGAGGAUGACAGUGACAGUGACGAAGUCGAAUUCAUGGGUGGGACUCUUCCCAAUCUGUCUCCAGUGUGUCCGAAGAAAGGCAAAGGACACGGUCACAAACCUGCAAAGCCGUCCAUCGUGAUGGUAGCUUUCGAGAACCAGUACGUGCAUAUGCCAGUCUGCACCUUCCACAACUGCUCCCUUCCACCAACGUACCUUCCAUUGUGGCAGAAGCCUUCUAUCAUGUGCCUGUGUCAGUACUGCCUGUCCUCGGAGAAGGUCUCCUGA